UUGUUCUAUCUACGUGACUUUACCGAAAGACCCAAGGAAUAUGAAUCUACGCAGAUAGCCCAUCAAGUAACGUACACGUUGCAUUGCUUCCUGCAGGCACCUCGUGCCCUUUAGGUGAUUGACUCAAACCCAUCAUGGCUACUUCUCUCUGCCUGAUCCACCAACCUCACCUCCAAGUUAAUGGGUUAUAGACAUGCACCACCACACCCGGCCAUCGUCUGAGCCAUUGAUUGAUUGAUGUGCCUUAUUUAAUCAGGUGGGGGUGGGGCCCUCUGAGAUUCAUUAUCUCUUUUGCACGGAGGGUCCAUUGGGGGACUGCAGUUACGUAGCAACAGCUGCUAAUAAUUUUUUUUGUCCAGAUAUUUAAUUUAGCCGUGGGUGAUUUUUUUUUCAAAGUUAGGAUUUUUGGGGCGUGACAUCUGUUGCAAAGAGAGAUAAUGUCACGAGGUUUUUUUUUUCAACGUCCGCUUUAACAAUGAAUGUAUGGCGUGCUUUGGUAAUUUUCGGGGCUGUAAUUACGUGGCGGCGGUGGGGAUUGACCCCCACAGUUUCUACGUAAACUGACCCAGCGGUGGGGUAUGCAGACCACUAAUCUGCCUGCUGUCCAAUGCAAUUUAUAAGCGUAGUUGCUAAUGUAUUACAGCUACAGCGGUUUGUCAAUUAGUGGUUUUAUUUAAUUUAUAUUAAGAGAAAGACGUACUCACAUUUCUGUUGAUGAGAUCACAGUGAAAAUUAGCAUGUAAAACUACCCAGCCAGACUUGGGAGGUGCUCAUUUUUUCAGAGAAAUAUCUCAAGCCGGAGUGGACAUUCCACACUCCAGUGACGGGAGCCGGUCUCUCCGCACGGUGAUCCUAAGGUUGCCAAUCCAGGAGGGUUGCUGAGCUGAGUUGGAUAUCCUGACCAGGGUGUUAACUUUACGACUUUUUAACCGUGAGAGAGGCGCACGCAUUAACCACGGAGACACCCGGCUGGAUUUGACCCAGUUAAAGUCAGCCAAUGCCAACUCAAUCGUAUACAAUGAUAAUCCAACACGGGGUGGUGUGGUUUCCGCUCCUUGUAAACAACAUAUCCACAGCAGCUUUUCAUUCAGCUUAGAGCUGAGUACAGCGUAGCGAAGGUCCCGAUGCACACUCGCAACAACGACAACAACAACAGCCCCAGCAGCAAGGAAAUCCACAUUGGGUUUUUUUUUUACACAAUGCCGUGUUUUGAAGUGACGAUGAGGCCAGGGGCAGGCACGCUGUGCAUGGCAUGGGCUAACUGCAACGCCGUGCGAUCACGUGAGGCACCGCUGUCAGCGGAGCCUCUUCGCCCUCGCUCAAAGUAACCGCCGUGUGGUUUGUUUAUUGCACUGAAAGCGGUAAAGAGGCGGCUCUGUAAAGCAUCCUCGUGACUUCCAUUGCCAUAUUCUAACAACCAAUCCAAUGAAUGUGACCUUAUUUGCUUUAAAUGACACCAGUUUCGGCAUUUUCUUUGGCAGGAAGCGAAGUAUUUAGUCUUAACGCCGCAUUCCAAUUUCUGCUCCACAAUGCCCAGCGCAUGCGGACACGCGUGUUGUGUCAGUAACUUGCAAACGAAAAACUGGAGCAGUCCUCGUGCUCAUAGCCACACUGUCAUGUUUCGUUUUUACAGGAGGACAAAGUGAGCUGCCUCCCUUUUGAAGAGGAGAUUUCAUGAAAGCAAAGCCGUCCAAAUGCUGUCGGUGCAGUCAGACGGGAAGCCCAAGGGCUGCGCAGGGUGCAACCGCAAGAUCAAGGACCGCUACCUGCUCAAGGCGCUGGACAAGUACUGGCACGAGGACUGCCUGAAGUGCGCCUGCUGCGACUGCCGCCUGGGCGAGGUCGGCUCCACGCUCUACACGCGCGCCAACCUCAUCCUGUGCCGCAGGGACUACCUGAGGCUGUUCGGCGUGACGGGCAACUGCGCCGCCUGCAGCAAGCUCAUCCCGGCCUUCGAGAUGGUGAUGAGGGCCCGGGACAACGUCUACCACCUAGACUGCUUCGCCUGCCAGCUCUGCAACCACAGGUUCUGCGUGGGAGACAAGUUCUUCCUGAAGAACAACAUGAUCCUAUGUCAGAUGGACUAUGAGGAAGGGGCCAUGAAGGAGAACUACCAAUCCCAGGUUCGCUAGGGCCCGCGGACGGGCCCCGCCCGGCGAGAGGCGCUGGCCCCUCGCCGCCCCCUCGCUGCCCUCGGCACCGGGCGCUGCCACCGCUGCCACCAGCUGUGGUGGCAGCCACGAGCAGAAGGCUGUGGACGUUGUGGGGACGACAAUGGCCUGCAUGGCGGCUGGACAAUGGGGGCGGGGAUGCAAAGAGUUGUGGGGGGAGAUGAUUGGCGAAAGGAAGGUGGUGUGGGUGGCAGUUAAGGCAAAGGAUAGUUGGCGAGGGAGGAGGUGAUGAUGGUCGUGGUGGUGAAAAGGACAAUUGACACUGUUGUGUCUCAUGGAUGGCAGCAGGCGAGGUUGGGAUGCGAGUGCAGAAUGAACGAGGGAUUGAACGAACUCUGGAGUUCCGAAGCGACGCGCGUUACGGAAUCGUAAGGCGCCAACUGCGACGAUUUCGAAGAUGUGUAAAUCAAACAAACAAACACUGUUAAGCAAAAAUUUUAUUUACGGGGACGACGGUGAUGAUAACGAUGAAAUGUUUCCGCGUUUUCAAAAGCUUCGCAGAAUUUUUUUUCGCGAUAAAAAAACGUACAGUGACCACUAAGCUCUCCUGCUGCAUAAACAAUAAACGAAAAUGGAUUUUUGCGCUUUGUGAUUCGCAAAGGGGAGGGAAUUUCGGAAACGACCAAAUUUGUUAUUUUAAGCAACUUCGCGUUGAGUUCAGCAACAUGGUGGAGGACAAGAGUAGGUGGAGAGGUUGGGAGCUUUGUAAUUUACUGGGGAUUUGUUACAAAAAAGACACGGCACAUGGGAACUGUUUUAAACGUUUUUGUAUUUGCAAUGCACCCAAAAUCCACAAACCUUUUACCCCCCCCCCCCCAUUUAAGGAGUAAAACUAAACAGUCAUAGGAACGUUUCUGUUUUCCCUUUAGGGACGGGGUUUGCACGAAAGCAAUCUCCUUGCACCCACUGCAUUUUUCCUGCACAUUUUUUUUGGGGGCGUUCACCACGUUUAAAAAAAACCACACUGGAAUGAAAAUAAAACAGACGGGGGGGGGGGGGAGGGAAAAAUGCGUAAAUUUUUUUAUUUGGCAGGGCUGGGUAUCUUUUGUUCGAUGCACUGCUUAAUUAAUACUGUGCUGUGAUUAAAAUUGUAAUACCUACUGUAGAUGUAAUAUAACCAGAUUAUUGUUAAAUACGAGCAUUCUAAAAUAGUGUUAAUAGCUGCUGGUGGUAUAUAUCUUUAUACGUUGUUACUGCUUGGUCACGUGUGUCUGUGUAGAAGGGUUUUCCCCCCACGAAAUUGGUCAGGAAUACAAAGUCGCUCUCUCCCGUGCAUUACUGAGCUAUUUGUUCAUACCCAAGUCCCAUUUGUUAAUCCUGUGGUAAUUCCAGCCUUGACAAUCCACAAGGCGAGCACGAACAACUUCUCACCGGGUGUUGCAGCCUCACCGAGUAGCGUUCACUUUACCCGUCAUCAUGACGACAUUCCACAUUUCCAUGCCAAGGUCCAGUCUAUCCAUAGCACGGCCACUGUUAACUUCCUACAGAGAGUGGUCCUCGUGUUAUCGAUGCUGGGGGGGGGGGGGGGGGGGGGGGGCGAUGGAGCUCGCAAAUUUCCAACAGCGAGCAAACGGUUCCAAUCGCAGCACCCCACUCCCUAGCCAGAUAUGACUAAUUCAUCAUCAUCAUCAUCGUUGGUCUUGUUUUAUGAUCCUGCGGCUUGAUAAAUCCACCAAGCUCCAUCGACAGGAACCGAGUUCACCGCCACCGCUGCUUCUCCACAAACAUCGGGCCCCGUGAGCGAACGUUGCCCACACUGUGGCACCAGAGCAAGUUUUCACACGUGUCCUUCACAAAAUUGGGCAUCAAAGUGUGGCAAAACAUUCAGUUUGUAAGAUUCCUAUUUCGGUGUUUGUUUUCACAAAUUUUAAGCCGAUGAACACGGAGGGUAAUUCUCACUUAUUACGAGUGUCACUGACCAGUCCUGUCGGCUUGUUUUUGUUUUGUGGGUGGGUUUGUGUGUGUGUGUGUGCACGGCUGAGUACUUUUCUUUUUAAAAAGACAAUUUUUGUGUUAAUACUUUUUGAAAUUGAAAUAAUUGCAUUCAUAAUAACGUACUGCAGUCCAGUAAAAGUGUACCUUGUGUUACUGUUGCGUGGAGAGAGUUGGAUGAAUCUAUCUUAAGGAGACUUUGGAAUAUUGUUACAUAAUUAGUUUUCUGAACAAGACAAGUAAAAAAAUAAGUUUUUAAACUGCCAAGCCAUUAUAAUAAUGCACAUUGUGCAAUUAAUGCGCAGUAGGUUCUUAUAUCUUAAUGCCAAAUUAUAAAGCGAGCCUCAUUUUGUUUUUGAGCACUUUUGUGAAUGGGUCGUAAUUACUCUGUUAGCAUUUUAGCGGCUUCUGAAAAUUUUGUUGGUUGUUUUUGGUAUUAAAUCACAAAUCAGAACAUUCCUGAGAACAAUCUUGCGCACAAACCUGUAAUGCCUGCAAAAGAGCGGCGCUAUUUAUUUUCACAUUUUAUCUUUAACAAAAAUAAGUUGAUUGAAAAGUCAACUUGUUUUAACGUGCGGCUGAUUCUCAAUCCCCGAUUUCUAACGGAGCCCAUCAAAACACGUGUGCCGUGACGGCGAGGACGAUUGCAUUGCUCAAUGAACGUUUUGGCCGUAAUUUGCAUUGUGCCACAUCAGGACUUUUUUUUUGUUUGCAGUGAAUUUGUUUUGAGGAACAGAUCUGAUAAAAAAAACUACUGUCCGGUGGAUUAAGAAAGUGAAAAACAUUUGAUAAAAAAACCGAUACAAAAAAAACAAGAAAAUCAACCGAUACAUUUCUUAUUUGCACUUGAGAAUUUAAAAUUGCAUUUACUUAGCGAACGAUUUUGUCCAGAUAAGAGAUGCGGGCCAAGGCUCUUCAGUAUUACAAUGCAGGGAUUCACGUGAACGGUUCGUGUUGUCUUAAGCUAUUUAAUCAUAUUAAAGAUGUAAAGCCACUUGGAGUAUGAGCCACCUAAAAAAACAAUUCUACGUCGUGGAAAAAUGUGAAAAGCUGCAAGUGGCUCAAGUGACAGAUUUACUAUACAUUUCAUUACCCGUGCUCAGUCCACUGCUGGAUAUAAACCUGCAAGUCACUAUCAAACUCUGAUCUCAAUUUGUCCCAGUUUUUCACGAAUCCAUCUCCUUUGUGUGGCUGUGCUGCGCGCGUUUUCUCUUUUGUUGCCCAAUGCCACACACCGACCAGAGGCCCUACCCUACCCAGUCUCAUGGUUUUUUCCUAAUAAUGACGGCGAUGACCAAAAUGUAUUUCUUCAUGUCCAGUUCAAAUGUAUCAAUGUCACUUCAUGCUGGUUGUUGAUUUCCCCUCUUUUAAUUAACAGUAAACCAUCAGGAUAGUGGUUUGAGGUUGAGUUAUAUAUAUAUUAAAAUAAACAACAUACCAAGGUGAACGCUAAUGCACAA